CUCCAGCAAACAAAUCACACACAUCACGUCAGCCGGGCGUUCAGCCGUGCUUGUUUCAACCAGAGUCCAUUUGUACCUUCCCGAGCAGUGACAUGGAUUUAGUAGUCCCCCCAUUUGAUAUUUCAGCGAGUCGUAUUGUAAUAAAAUCAUGAAGUUUUUAACUACGGAGCAAAAAAAGUUCUAUGAUGAUAAUGGCUAUGUUGUAUUGGACAUUCUUACUGAUGAAGAAAAAUCGGAACUGAGUGAAGACUUUGACCAAAUCUUUCAAGCAAAGGAUGGAGCAAACUUAGAAGCUACAUGGCAAGGCAACUGGAAAACAGACGAGGAGAAGAAGAAUGAAGUGCAGUCCAUUCAUGGACUUCAGAUGUAUUCUGCUGCAUUCACACGCCUUCUGUUGAAUGAGAAGUUGCUGGAUGCCUGUGAGGAUAUCAUGGAGACGCCCAACAUCCUCCUCCACCACACCAAGGCCCACUCAAAGCCCCCAAACACUGGCUCUCCUUUCCCCAUGCAUCAGGACUACCACUACUUCCCCUUCAAGAAUGAUUCCAUGAUAGCAGUCUUUAUAAGCCUGGAUGCCUCUGAUCCUGGCAACGGUGGGCUGUGUGUGUACCCUGGUUCCCACAAGCUGGGUCCGCAGGAGGAUGUCAGCAAUGUUACAAGCUAUCACUACCUGAACCAGGAAAAGUUUCCAAUUGAGAAGGCCACUCCUCUAACCUUGAAGAAGGGACAGAUUGUGGUCUUUUCAUACCUCCUGAUCCAUGGCUCCUACUACAACACCUCCUCUGAUCGUGUCCGUCGUAUGCACCUGAUACAGUUGAUGUCAGGUGAGGAUGUGCCUCUGGCCAUGAUGCACCUGUCAGAUUGCCAGGGGAUGGUGCUGCGAGGCCGGUGCUUCACCAGGGAAGCUGACAUCAAGAAGAGACACCGGAAGUUCAUGGAGGAGCAGAUAGCAGCACAGAGUGGAAUGUGAUCCCUGCAAGGAGUCUACUUGGAGCUUUAUUAGAUAUCGUUUGUAUGGCUGGUAAUUUAUCAUAAACAAGCUAAAUAUUUCAAUCAAUUUGGCAAUACAAAUUUAUAUGAAAUGCCUCUUUCUAUAAUUAAGGAACUGGAAAUUAAGUUAUGUAUUCUAAUAAAAGAUAUUUAUAUUUGGCAGAGUUUUCACCUUUGUAAUUUAGUUGUGAUAAAUAAGUUUACAAAAAAUUGUAAAAUAUAGACACAGAAAAGCCCCACUUAAGUUCUGUUUAACAUUUUUCAUUAGUGAAGAUAAAAUUAUAGUUGUAUUUUCAAUAUAAGCUGUGGCCAUUUAUAAAAUUGCAUUGCAUUCUUUCACCUACGUUUUUUUAAGGUUGUUAAGGAUAUUCAUGUAUUAUCUGCAUAUUUUCUAACAAACACUUAUACACACAGACAAUCAGUGCAGUUGUUGAAUCCCUUUUUGGAGUCUUGACCCCUUCCUUAGUCUGUUCUGGGAGGCAGGUUCACAAAAUAUGCUACUGGUAAACACUUUAGCUACUAACACUUGUAUAAGUGCUACACAUUGCAUGUACCACUAAAGGUGGAAUUUAGUAUUAAUAAUUAGUACAAAGGUGAAAAAAAAAAUGUUCCUUACAUGACAUAUUUUGUUGUUAUUACUGCCAUUGUUGCCAUUGAUAUUUUUAUUAUAUUUAUAUUUAUUAUUAUUUCUUUUUUUUAUCUAACUUGCAAUUUUAUUAUCAUGCAGUUUUAAUAGUGCCAUAUAAAAUGUCCCAACACCUCAUAAUCUUUCUUAAUUGCCACUUACAGUUUCCUAACUGCCAUGAUGAGGUAAUUUCAUUUUUCUGAUUUUGUCAUAAUGCUUUUUAAAGUCUGCAGUAAUAUAGCAAUUAAGUAUAUCUUAUUAGGAAGUAGACACUCACCAGAAUAGAUGCAGUUGAUAUCUAAACGCAGUCAGUUCCCACAUAAGAAAUAAGUUUUUAACAUUUGUAUCAGUAAUAUAUUAGAUAUAUUACUUUAAAGAACACAAGAAUAUCAGAUUGUUUGAUAUAUUAUUAUUAUUAUUAUUUUUUUUUUUUUUGCAGACUUGAGUACAACUAGUACUUGUUCAAAUAAAAAUAAAAAUGUAAUUUUCAAA